AUUUUAUAUUAUUUGGAUUUUUCAUAAUAUUUUAAUCCCAGUUUUCCCACUCUACUGGUCUGGCAUCUCAUCCACUGUUGACUGUGGAAUGAUGCAGCUUUAACCCCUCCCCUCUCCCCAUUGAAUUUUUACAAUUACAAAUUAUAUCAGAGAGAGAAGACUCUUCACUGCUUUUAUUUUCUCUCUCUCCGACUCUGUUUUUCCCGACAUCAACCUCUUCUUUCCUUCUUUCGGUAUAAAUUCCCCAACCCCAUCUCCCAUCUUUCUUCUGUCACCAUUCCCCAACCCCAAUUCAACAAACAAAAGACCUUCAACCAUUUUCGGCUCCAUUCUCUUCUUCUUUUCUUUCUUUUUCUUCCAAAUGGAGAUGGAGAUUUGCGGCAACUUGAUGGGACAUUCCAAUCCCAACGCAGCCACUAAUAUCUCUUGGCCCAAUAAUACCAUUACCAAUAACAACAACAACAACAACAUUAUUUGGGAGCUUAAUUCCCAACACCCCCAUUUUCUCUACGCCUCUGGUGAACAUAACCCCACCACCCAUUUCCACCCUGACCCUCAUCUCAUGUGCUUGAACCUUGGCAAAAGGCACUACUUCGAGGACUCCAACGCCCCCUCCCUCAUCCUUGGCAAGAGAGCCAAGCCCCCCUUCUAUGCCACCACCGUUCCCCGCUGCCAAGUCGAGGGCUGCCAUGUCGCCCUCGUCAACGCUAAGGACUACCACCGUAGGCACAGGGUUUGUGAGAUGCACUCCAAGGCUCCCAAAGUUGUGGUUCUUGGCUUAGACCAGAGGUUCUGCCAGCAGUGUAGCAGGUUUCAUGUGAUUUCCGAGUUUGAUGAUUCCAAGAGGAGCUGUAGGAGGAGACUGGCAGGACACAAUGAGAGGAGAAGAAAGAGCUCUCAUGAAUCAGCAAGGAACUGCACCCAAGAAAACAAGUCGAUGACAAAUGGAAUUGCAUACGUACCAUCCCCGACGGGACGUGCUCUCUCUCUUCUGUCAUCGAAGAACGAAUCAUGGGCCAACUCAUCGGAGCUCUCACAGAGGUCAAGCGCAGCGCUCCGGGAACUCAUUGCGGAGAACCGCGCCGCCAUCCUCGCUCGCCAAUUGAUUCUUGACAGAGACUGGCACCCAAACCAUGGAGGGACGGAUGAUUUCGGAGGAGGCGGCGGCGUUGGAUUCCAGCAGCAGGGAUUGUACUGCGAGCAGCAACACAGCUGGGAGAGGAUGAAUGAAAAUGGGGGUUCGCAUGUGACGUUGGAUCUGAUGCAGGCGCCGAGCUCGGCGUUUGGGUUACUCUCGGUGAGAGGGAAAUCGAAGGAAGAAGAUGAGGAAUGUUGUGAGUUAUGGAACUCCUUCAAUGAUCACGACCCUCAUGUUGUUUAAAACUAAUAUCAUUACAAUGUGUAUAUUGUUUGUGGAAUCCAUUUACAUUUCGAAGCUCUCUAUAAUUCUUUCUUCACCACUCCCAUCAAUUCUUUUCUUCUAAACUUCUCAUGUUUCUUCUUUAAACUUCAGUUGCUAAGGAUUUAAUCUCGUGGCUUUAUAACCA